AUGAACCAACCCCCCAAACGCUCAGGUUCAGAGGAGAAUGAACAGGGGGUGGAUUCUGGAAGGUUCGGUCCACGAGCCUGGAGGUUCGGACUAAAGAGGCAGAGGACGCAUGGGCAAGCACUGACACUUACCACUUGUCUCUCAUCUCCCUCCCCCCAUGUAGGUUCAGAGGAGAAUGAACAGGGGGUGGACUUCUGGAAGGUUCGGUCCACGAGUCUGGAGGUUCGGAUCAAAGAGGCGGAGGACGCCCGGGCGAGCAUCACUGCCCAGGCUGUAGCUCUGGCACAACGCAACCAGGAGCUGACGAGCAGAUUGAGACAGUUUCAAGAGGAGGGCGACACAGCAGCAUUCGCAGCGUUGGAACAACAACUGACAGACGUCAAGCUGCGCCUCGACCGCGCCCUCCAAGAAUGCUCCUCCCUCGCCGGCACCAGCAGUGACAGGGCAGCACUCAGAGGGACGCUAGGCCUGGAUCCCUCUGGAAACAUCACCAUGAAUAUGAUUCCAAACAGCAGCAGCGGGGGAGAUCUGGCUGCAUUAGGGUUAGGGCUAGGGUCUGCUCGGAGGAUGGGUGCUGGGAGUUAUUUUCCCGAUGCUGCCGGGGCUGCUGGGGGGGGAGCGGGGCGCGUGGGGGGGAAGGGAGGCGGAAAAGGAGGAGGGGGGAUGGGAGGGGCGGGUGACGGGUUGAAUCUUCAGGUGGCGUUGGAAAGAGCGCCGUUUAUGAUCGCGCACCUGGACACGAGUUUGAGAUACACCUGGGUGUUCAACCACAACCUGCUGGUGAAUCAGGUGAGAACAACAGAGCUCAGUGGAGGAGGCGAUGGAGAUGAAGCAGAGGGCGCUAGCCACCCCACUUCUCUUACACUCCUUCCCUUCCCACUUCUCUUUUUCCUCCCAACUCCCUUUCUUCCCGUCCCCACUCCCAACUCCCCUUCCCCCCCAACUCCCCUUCCCCCACAACUCCCGUUCCCCCACAACUCCCAUUCCCCCCACAACUCCCAUUCCCCCCCAACUCCCAUUCCCCCCCAACUCCCAUUCCCCCCCAACUCCCAUUCCCCCCCAACUCCCAUUCCCCCCCAACUCCCAUUCCCCCCCAACUCCCAUUCCCCCCCAACUCCCAUUCCCCCCCAACUCCCAUUCCCCCCCAACUCCCAUUCCCCCCCAACUCCCAUUCCCCCCCAACUCCCAUUCCCCCCCAACUCCCAUUCCCCCCCAACUCCCAUUCCCCCCCAACUCCCAUUCCCCCCUACUCCCAUUCCCCCCAACUCCCAUUCCCCCCCAACUCCCAUUCCCCCCCAACUCCCAUUCCCCCCCAACUCCCAUUCCCCCCCAACUCCCAUUCCCCCCCAACUCCCAUUCCCCCCCAACUCCCAUUCCCCCCCAACUCCCAUUCCCCCCCAACUCCCAUUCCCCCCCUACUCCCAUUCCCCCCCUACUCCCAUUCCCCCCCAACUCCCAUUCCCCCCCUACUCCCAUUCCCCCCCUACUCCCAUUCCCCCCCAACUCACAUUCCCCCCCAACUCCCAUUCCCCCCCAACUCCCAUUCCCCCCCAACUCCCAUUCCCCCCCAACUCCCAUUCCCCCCCAACUCCCAUUCCCCCCCAACUCCCAUUCCCCCCCAACUCCCAUUCCCCCCCAACUCCCAUUCCCCCCCAACUCCCAUUCCCCCCCUACUCCCCUUCCCCCCCAACUCCCCUUCCCCCCCUACUCCCAUUCCCCCUCUACUCCCCUUCCCCCCCAACUCCCCUUCCCCCCCUACUCCCAUUCCCCCCCUACUCCCCUUCCCCCCCUACUCCCAUUCCCCCCCUACUCCCAUUCCCCCCCUACUCCCCUUCCCCCCCUACUCCCAUUCCCCCCCUACUCCCAUUCCCCCCCAACUCCCAUUCCCCCUCAACUCCCAUUCCCCCCCAACUCCCAUUCCCCCCCAACUCCCAUUCCCCCAUCCCCAUCACCACUCAGGACAUGAUAGGGAAGAGGGACUAUGACAUCCUGCCACAUGGCACUCUGGGAGUGGAGGAGGCGAUGGAGAUCAAGCAGCGGGCGCUGGCCACUGGCAAGGCGCAGCGGGGCGAGGUGGUGUGGCAGCUUCCUGGAAGGCCCCCCAUGGUGUGGGUGACAACUGCCCGGCCAAUCAGGGACGAGAAGGGGCGGACUGUGGGAGUGACAACAUCGAGCGUGGAUAUAACAGAGGAGGCGCAGUACAAGGAGCGGCUGAUGGCUCUACGAGCAGAGAUGAUGGUGCGCAGCACAACGGAGAAGGAGCUGCGGCGCGCAUAUGAGCUCACAGAGGACGCCAUGCGCGCCAAGUCCAUGUUCCUCGCCAUCAUGUCCCACGAAAUCCGCACCCCGCUCAACGGGAUCCUCGGAUUGGCCGAAGUUCUGCUCGAAUCUGGAGCGUUGGAUGAGGAGCAGCGCGAGAUCGUCGAGACGAUGAUGUCAUCGGGCGUGAUCAUAUCGGAUAUUCUCGCGGAUAUUCUAGAUCUCGCGAGUAUGGAGGCUGGGGAGAUGAAGCUGGAGGAGCACCCCUUUGAGCCCGUCGCGGUGGUGAAUCAUAUCUUAAAAAUGGCCAUGGCUGCCACUAAGGAGAAGGGGAUUAAAGUCCUAGCGGAUAUUUCUCCGGAUAUUCCGGCGCAGAUAUUAGGAGACGAGCUGCGGGUGCGGCAGGUGAUUAAAUACCUGGUUCUGAACGCGAUUAAGUUCACACACACGGGGCAUAUUUUGCUGCGGGUGUCUGCGCAUGAUAGGGACCCGUCUGCUGCUAUCGUGAAGGCUACUGGCGCGUAUGCUGUGGGGGGGUGGAACGUUGCUGGAGGAGGAGGAGGAGCAGGAGCGGGAGGGGGAGGAGCGGGAGGGUCCGGUGCUGCGGCUACUCUAGGCCGGGGGAAAGGGCUGGCUGUGGAAAUGCACAGUCAUAAUAAGGGCGCAAGGGCAGGGGGAAUUGGGCGGUUACCGCUGCUGUCAGAUGUUACGGAGGAGCAUUUGAAGAAGCUGGCGAGUUUGGGGAGUUUGGAGCAGGCAGCGCCGCUACUGGCUGAGCUUCCGACUGAGGUGUAUGAGGAGGAAGAGGAGGAGGAGGAUGGGGAUAGCGAGAGGACGAGAGGGGAGGAGGAGGGGGGGAUGCUGAGACCUGGAGGGGGAGGAGCAGGAGGAGGGUUCUGGGGCUCGAUUGUACCAGCAGGAGGAGCAGAGAAGGGGAAGGGGAAAGCGGCAGCAGUGGAGAGGCAGAUAGGCGGGGAUAUGGACGUGUGGCUGUGGUGCGAGGUUCACGAUACAGGAGUGGGGAUCCCUAAAGACGCCUUCCCUCUCCUCUUCGAGAAAUUCACCCAAGUGGAAGGUGGUCCCACUCGGGCCUACGGCGGCACUGGGCUUGGUUUAGCUAUCUGCAAGCAGCUAGUAGAGCUGAUGCAUGGGAAGAUGGCAAUCAAGUCGAAGGUGGGAACCGGGUCGGUGUUUGCGUUCUCGGUGUGCUGCCAGCGCACCACUCCCCGCUCCCGCCCCGUGUCGCCCACGGGCGCGAACGCGAUUGCUGCGGCUGUGAACGCGCCGUUUGGGUUUCCCAAGAGUGUGUCUGUGUCGGGGCCUUCGCCUGGGUCUGUGGCUCGGGCGCUGUCUCCUGUGAGGGAGCACAUGGGGCAGGUGAGGGGAGGAAGGGGGGGGGGCGAGGAUGAGUAUACGGAGGAGGAGGAAGAGGAGGGGGAUUAUGAGAGUGAAUAUACGGAUGAUUCGCCGAUUGCCAUCACGCCCAAGCACUUGCGUCAACCACGGGGAGCAGCAGCAGCAGCAGCAGGAGCAGGAGCAGCGGGAGCAGGGGUAGUGGGAGGGGGGCUGGCAGGGCUGCUAGCCCGAGCCAAGGCGAUGAAAGGGGAGGUGGGGGGGUCAGGGGAGGGGCUAUCUGGGGGAGGUGCAUCUGGUGCGGGCGCCUUGCCAGGUGCUGGGUCGCUGCCUUCUCUGUCCCCUGCAUCAGCGAAAGGCCCAGAGACAAAGAUCCUGGUGGCUGAAGACAACCCCGUGAGUGUGAAGGGGUUAUGGUGGGGUCAACGUGAUGGUGCUGCUCUCCAUGCUCAAGCGCCUGGGGCUGCUAGCCACAGUGCAUGUGGUGGUGUUGGGUUGGCCCCCAUGCCUCCCCAUGACCCCCAACCCCCCAUUCCCCCCCACACCAUGCCCCUUAUGAUUUUACUGCAGGUGAAUGUGAUGGUGCUGCUGUCCAUGCUCAAGCGCCUGGGGCUGCGGGCCACAGUGGCCAAGAACGGUGUGGAGGCGUUGGAAGCGGUGCGGAGGGAGCGGUUCGACCUGCUGCUGUCAGACCUCUGCAUGCCGCUCAUGGACGGGUUGCAGGCCGCCUACCUGAUCCGGCAGUAUGAGCGCACGGGGGUGUUUCCAGAGGAGGAGGUGGAGCGAGCGAAGCACAGAGGAGCACCGGCAGGGGAUGAGAAAUCCGGAAUCGCCUGGCAGCCCCCCUCCAACCUCCCCCUCUCCUCACACCGAGGGGCCCUGCCUCGCCUCCCCAUCGUAGCCGUUACUGCAAACGCUCUUAAGGAGGAUGAAGAGCGGUGCUAUGCGGUGGGGAUGGACGGGUUUCUCGGGAAACCGGUGCAGUUUCCAAAGCUGAAGGAGGCGAUUUCUGAGUUUAUAGAACUCCCCGGGUCACGGUUGCUGCAAGGAGCUGGGAGUGGAGUGAGUGGAGGAGUUGGGAGAGGGGGAAUUGGGCAAUCUAACCCCAAUUCAGGGGCAUCAGGAGGGUUACUAUCCAUGGGGAGUGGGGUAGCAGCGCUCCUAGCAGGCAUCCCCCCACAAGCUGACGCCCCUGGGUUUCCCGCCCCGUCCAAGCUCUCGGGCGGCGUUCAGCGUCUCGUAGUGCCCGCCCGGACGAGCAGCUACAGUGGAUCGGGAUCGGCGAGCGGGAGCAUGACUUACACAGGGGAUGAGGAGGAUUAUCAGGGGGAAGAGGGGGAAUUCGAUGAGGAUUACGAUGGGGAGUAUGAUGAUUACGAGUCGACUGUUUACUCGCCUAGAUCUGCAGCGGUUAGGCGCGGUGCCAGAACUCCAGGAGGGGCGAGCACUGCUAGGACCCCGGGGGGUGCGAGUAUGGCUAGAACCCCUGGAACUACCAGAAGCUUCCGAACGUCGAUGUUUUACGAUGGGAGGGAGGAUAGGAGCGUGUAUGGGGGGCCGGGGAGUGUGUAUGGGGGAACAGGGAGUGUGUAUGGGGGAACAGGGAGUGUGUAUGGGGGCGCGGAGAGCGUGUAUGGGGGCGCGGCUAGUAGCGUGGGGGGGAAUAGUCGCGCCACAGGUGUUACCGGUGUUACGGGUGUAACCGGAAUGACUGGUGUGACUGGUUUGACUGGGACGACCAGGGGUGGGAGGGGGAGGGGAAUGUCGAGAGAAGAAGCAGCAGCAAGGGAAUCGGCAAUGAGAGAGGCUUAUAACCAGUACUUUCUGAAUGCGGGUCUGCCUCCCACCACUGCUGCUGCGGCCGCGGCAGCGGCAGUAGCGGCAGCAGCAACUGCUGCUGCUCGUGCUGGUAAUGGUGGUGGUGGGGGUGGGGGAGGAGGAGGUUUCCCCAGGAAUAGGUCAAUUGCUGAGUCUUCAUAUGUUUCUGGGAGGUCUUCUGGAGAUGAGCUUUCAAUCUAUUCGAAAACAACUGGAGGGACCGGGAGGGGAGGGCGGGGAGGCAUGGGCACGGCAACAGGCACGAGCAGCACUGGGACAGGUUCGGAGAGUGGGACGGAGACUGGGACUGGUUCGGAUUUAGGUUCGGAAACAGGUACGGGGACGACAGAUAUACAUGCACAGAGAGUGGUUACGCUGAGAGGGGGGACUGCACCUGUGGGCGGAGGGACGGGAGGAGGAAUGGGAGGAGGGAUGGGAGGAGGGAUGGGAGGAGGGAUGGGAGGGCUAAGAGGGAUGGGAGGGGUGGGAGGGGCAGGAUUAGGAGCAGGAGGGCUAGCAGGCGGAGCAGGGUUAGGAGGAGGAGGAGGAGCAACAGGGGGAUUGUCAGGAGCAACAGCUGCUAAUAUAGCAGCCCUUCGCUAUCUUACCGCCCGUGCUGCAGGUAAUACCGGGGUAGAUGGAACUGGGUUAGGCGGUUUAACAGGGGCUGGUAACCCUGCAGGAGCAGCUGGCACAGGGUAUAAUUUGGGUAAUAACCCUUACUCGUAUAGGGGUACGGGUGUAGGAAUGGGAGGGCCGGGGUCUAUAGGGGGUAGUUCCCUGUCGUCAUUUUCUAAUCCCCAGCGGAAUUUGGCGCAAGGGGGAAGGCUUUUAGGAGGGAAUUUGGCUUAUAACGGAGGUGCUUAUAAUGCAGUGUUGGGUGGUGGGGCGGGUGUUGGGGGGGUGGGAGGAGGGUUGGGAGGGGCAGGAGGCCUGGGCGGAGGUUUGGCAGGAGGCUUGGGAGGAGGUAUGGGAGGAGGUUUGGCAGGUGGUUUGGGAGGAGUGGGAGGAAGAAUGGGGGGAGGUUUGGGUGGGACAGGUGGGUUGGGUGGACUUGGGGGUUCGUCCUUCCAGCAGUUGCAGCAGCUGCAGCAGCAGCUACAGCAGCAGCACCAGCAGCAACAGCAGCAGCAGCAGCAGUUGUUGAGUAGCUAUGGAGGUUUGGGAGGAGCAGGAGCAGGAGCCGGGUUGGCAGGAGGUUUGGGAGGAGGUUUGGGAGGAGGGAUGGGAGCAGGGAUGGGAGGAGGGACGGGAGGAGGAAUGGGAGGAGCAGCAGGGUUUGGAGUGGGCAGCACGAGCAGCGGCAGCUUGCAGCCUGGAGCAAGACAAGGGGCUCGACCAGGGGCAACACUACCCCCCACUGCUGCCGCAGCUGCUGCUGCUGCUGUGGCGGCGGGGAGAAGGAGGCCAAUAGCGAGUGCCACUGUAGCCGGUAAUGGUGGUGCUUUUUUGAGGCAAAACGUGGGAGCAGGUGGUAAUGCUGCUGCUGGUGGUGUUGGUGCUGCUGCUGCUGCUGGCGCUGGUGUUCGUGCUGGUGCUGGUGCUGGUGCUGGUGCUGGUGCUGGUGCUGGUGCUGGUGCUGGUGCUGGUGGUUUGGACGUUAAUGGUGGUGGUGGCGGUGGUGCCUUCGGUGGUAUUGGUGGUGGAGGAGCGAAUGGUCUUGGGGCAGGAGGAUUAGGAGGUGGAUUAGGGGGAGGUGGAUUAGGAGGAGGUGGGUUUGCCAGUCAGACAGCAGGUGGGGUGGGAGGAGGAGCACCAGGUGGAAUUUCAGGUGGGAAUUUGGUCCCUCCGCCCCCUGCGGGGGCCUCUCAGGCGCAACAGCUACAAUACCUGAUUCAGCAGCAGCAGAUGCUAUUGGCCCAGACACACGCUCAGAUACAAGCAAGGCAGCAGCAGCAGCAGCAGCUGCAGCAGCAACAGCAGUUGCAGCAGCAGCGGCAGCAGCUGCAGCAACAGCAGCAGCAAUUGCUGGCAGCAGGAGGGUUGGGGAGGAAUUUAGGGGGAGGUAUGGCUGGUGGUGCGGGGUUAAGUGCUGGUGGUGUGGGAAAUUUGGGGUUAAGUGCUGGUGGUAUGGGGGGUAUGGGUUUAAGUGGUGGUGGGCUAAGUGCUGCCGGCAUGGGUGCUAGUGUUGGGGGGCUGGGAGGAGGUUUGAUGAAUCGGGGAGGAAUGGGGUUGACAGGUAUGGGAACCGCAGGUUUGGGAGGAGCAGGUUUCGGAGCAGCAGGGAUGGGAGCAGCAGGUAUGGGGGCAGCAGGCAUGGGAGCAGCAGGCAUGGGAGCAGCAGGCAUGGGAGCAGCUGGUAUGGGAAUGAGAACUGGAGCUUUGGGGGUUGGAGGGAUGGGCAAUGCUACCUCUCUAGCAUCACUAGGGUUAGGAGGAGGAGGAGCGGGAGGGCAAUUGCGAAGUGAAUUUCAAGGAAUGUGGGGGGCAGGGGACAGAGGAAGAGGAGGAAUGGAAGGAGCAGCAGGAGCAGGAGGAGGAGGAGGAGGGGUGCGGGGCACUGUAGCAGCCCGAGUCGCCCCUCAGCGCCGCCCGGAGUUCCUCGCCGGUAUGGGCAGAGCCCAUAUCCUAGAGCUGGGGCGAGUGGGGGUGGGGGUAAAUGGAGUGAAAGCCAUACCUCCCGAACCACUUCUUCAGCUAAGGGCAGGGAUAUGGACAGGAGAGGUAUGGGAGGAGGUAUGGGAGGAGGGAUGGGAGGAGGGAUGGGAGGAGGGAUGGGAGGAGGGAUGGGAGGAGGGAUGGGAGGAGGGAUGGGAGGAGGGAUGGGAGGAGGUAUGGGAGGAGGGAUGGGAGGAGGGAUGGGAGGAGGGAUGGGAGGAGGGGGAGAAGGGAAUGGGAGGAGAGGGGGGUAUCAAGGAGGGUCCCCUCCUAGGAUGGCUGCAGGGCAAGCGGUUUCAGCAGCAGCAGCAGCCGCAGCAGCAGCGGCUGCUGCAGCAGCAGCGUCGCAGAGAGCACUAG